AUGAGGGUUGUCCAGCUGUCAAUGCAGCUUCGCUCAAGCUUAUAUAUUUCCCCUUUGCUUCGUGUCUCCUCAAAGUCAUGGGUGCCAUCUGUUGCCUCGCGGCGGUUCCAUCGCCCGGCUUGUCUCCGAGAGCAAUUCCGAGAGCUGCCUAGCUUCCUGGAGGCUUAUAAGAAAGCGGUGGAUUUCCCCCCAGCCACCCAUGACUUCGAGUCCUUCCUCUCGCAGGCCGAGCCCAACACCGAAGUCGUCCUGCAUGGAUACCUAGGCCAUAGAGCAGAUCUCUCGAAGAAGCUCUCGUUCGUCCGUUUGACGGACCCAACGAUGAAACACAGCUUGCAGAUUGUUGCAUUUGCCAAGAACGAGGCCUUUGAGCAGCUUAAAUCGCUCAAUGCCCACAGCCCCGUCGCAGUGCGCGGAACUGUGCAGAAGAAGAAGGCAAAGCCCACCGAAGGAGAUAAACCUGCUGAGGAUACAUGGGAGCUUGCACUGGAAGAGAUUCAUCUUCUCAAUGAUUUCCCCAAGGAGAUUAUCAUGACGCCGGAGACAGUGUUCUCGCCCGAGCACCGGUAUCUACAGCUCCGUUCGGAUGCGAAGCUACGUGAGGCGUUGAGAUUCCGGGCUCAGGUGCACAAUAUCUGUAAGCAGGAGCUGGAGGAGAGCUGUCAACCGCCCUUUACGGAGAUUGAGACUCCAUUGUUGUUUAAGUCGACGCCGGAGGGAGCGCGUGAGUUCUUGGUGCCCACGCGCCGACCCGGACUGGCCUAUGCCUUGCCGCAAAGUCCCCAGCAGUAUAAACAGAUUCUGAUGGCUAGUGGGUUGCCACGAUACUUCCAGUUUGCGCGUUGUUUCCGGGAUGAGGAUCUUCGGGCAGAUCGUCAGCCUGAAUUCACGCAGCUUGAUCUUGAGAUGUCUUUCGCCAAGGGCGAGGAUGUUAUGCGCACAGUUGAAGGUGUUAUCCGUCGCCUCUGGUCCACUCUGAUGAAAGACCCUGCCCCAAAGGGUCCUUUCCGCAGGGUUCCAUACCAAGAAGCCAUGGCUCGCUAUGGAUCUGAUAAGCCUGACACCAGAUAUGGCAUGGAAAUCAUUAAGCUGGACCAUCUACUACCCGUCGACCUAGUUGGCAAGAUCUCAGACUUGAAUGAUCCCAUCGUCGAGGCCUUCAAGCUUGAGGGCAACGAAAACGAUCCCGCCGAAACACAUCGCUUCAUCAGCCAGUUCCUCGAUUCCCCAGCUGGUGCUCCAUUCAACAACAACCCAGACGGUGGCCCAGGUGUCUUCGUCUACAACGGCAAACAGCCACUCUGCGGCUUACAACCGUUCGGCUUCCAAGCCGCCGAGCUAGUCGAAGAACUGCUAGAUCCCGAUCACGGCGACCUAAUCAUCCUCCAAGCCCGUCCUCGCGCCCCCUUCUCCGGUGGCUCCACACCAAUCGGUGACCUCCGCCGCGCCAUACAUGCCUCCGCCGUCUCAACAGGCUUCAAGCCCGCUCCCACCGGCUUUGACUUCAUGUGGGUAGUCGACUUCCCCCUCUUCUCGCCCUCUUCCGACACCGAGCCCGGCCAAGGUGGCGCAUCCGGCCUGUCAGCCACACACCAUCCCUUCACCGCACCCAAGACCGCCGCCGACGUCGAUCUCCUCCUAACAGACCCAGCAAAGGCGAUCGCAGACCACUACGAUCUUGUCGUCAACGGCGUCGAGCUAGGCGGUGGCAGUCGCCGUAUCCACGACGCCGCCGUGCAGGAAUUCAUCUUCCGUGAUAUCCUGCAGAUGCCCGCUGAGCGACUCGGAGACUUCUCGCAUCUCCUUGAUGCUCUUCGUGCGGGCUGUCCACCCCAUGCGGGUCUGGCGCUGGGAUUCGAUCGCCUUGUCGCUGUCAUGCUGGGUAAGGAGUCUGUGCGGGAUGUUAUUGCGUUCCCGAAGACGGGUAAGGGUGGUGAUGAUGCUAUGGUUCGUGCGCCUAGUCCUAUGACGGCUCAGGCGUUGGAGACAUAUCACUUGCAGUUACGGAAGUAG